GAGAGCGAGGCAGCAGAGUUCGCGCGAGGCGAGAGCGAGAGGCGAGGCUGGCGGGGCUGCGGAUGGGGGAGGCGUCCCCGGUGGGCGCGCCGGUGCCGCUGGAGCAGGCGGUGCUGGAGACCUUCUUCUCGCACCUGGGCAUCUUCUCCUACGACAAGGCCAAGGACAAUGUGGAGAAGGAGCGCGAGGCCAACAACAAGAGCGCCGGCGCCAGCUGGCUCUCGCUCCUGGCCGCCCUGGCCCACCUGGCCGCCGCCGAGAAGGCCUACCACAGCAUGACCUUCCUCGGGCAGAAGCUAGGUGGGCAAUCAUUUUUCAGCCGAAAGGAUUCCAUACGAACUAUAUACACAUCUUUACAUAAUGAACUGAAGAAGGUGGUGACAACAGGUCGGAAUGCAUUGGGCGGAACAGCCCCUCACCUGGAAGAACUGCUCUCUCACCUGUCUGAACAGCUCUGUUUUUUUGUUCAGGCUCGGAUGGAAAUUGCUGACUUCUAUGAAAAGAUGUACAGCCUCAGUACCCAGAAGUUUAUCAACUCUGAAGAGCUAAUAAAUAUGCUGGAAUCCAUCCUUAGAAAAUAUAGCUCAAGAUUUCAUCAUCCAAUCCUUAGUCCUCUUGAAAGCAGUUUCCAGUUAGAAGCAGAUGUCCUUACUCAUCUGUUGAAAGCUCAGGCGCAGAUCUCAGAGUGGAAAUUCCUUCCAUCCUUGGUUCAUUUGCACAAUGCUCACACAAAACUCCAGACAUGGGGACAGAUUUUUGAAAAGCAACGAGAAACCAAGAAACACUUGUUUGGUGGACAGUCUCAAAAGGCUGUACAGCCUCCCCACCUUUUCCUAUGGCUAAUGAAACUCAAGAAUAGCCUUCUUGCCAAAUUUAGCUUUUACUUUUAUGAGGCGCUCAGUCGACAAACAACGCCAUCUGAAAUGAAAGCUUUGACUGCAAAAACUAACCCUGAUUAUUUUGGGAAAAUCUCUAGCUUCAUCAGAAAAUACGAUGCUGUUAAUGUGUCUUUAAUCUUUGAUAACCGUGGAUCAGAAAGUUUUCAGGGACAUGGCUACCAUCAUCCCCAUUCCUACAGGGAAGCCCCUAAAGGUGUAGACCAGUAUCCAGCAGUAGUGUCUCUGCCCAAUGAUAGGCCUGUUAUGCACUGGCCCAAUGUCAUAAUGAUUAUGACAGACAAAGCUUCUGACCUUAAUGGUUUGGAAAAGGUGGUCCACUUUUACGAUGACAAAGUUCAAAGCACAUACUUCUUGACUCGUCCUGAACCUCAUUUCACAAUUGUAGUUAUUUUGGAAUCCAAGAAGUCUGAGAGAGACUCUCAUUUUAUCUCUUUUCUCAAUGAAAUUUCAUACUCCCUUAAGAACGCUAAAGCUUUUGCAAGCCUGAAGCCUGGAUCCAAAGGAUAAAAGUACUGUCUGUUACUGGACUAUAAAGAAACAAGUGCUAGGCUUCCAGAAGUAUACAUUUGUGUAUGUUGUCCCUUUUUUUUAAAAAAUAAGAAAGCAGCUAUUUUAAUAUUAAGUAUUUAAUGUUAAAAUAUUAAUAUUUAAUAUUAAGCAUUUUUGUUAAGAAAAGGCUGACCAGUGUAAAACUGAAUGGGAGGAUAAAAUGAAAACUACAUAAAUGUGCACUAAAAUGAUCAGGAUGGUAUUUUGCUCAACUGCUGUAUUUUUUUUAAGUCUAUGACACUUGGCCUCACCUGAAUUGAAUAUAUGCACUUUAUCUUUUGCUGGUCAUUUACCUAGCAUCUGCUGAAAAUGUGGCUUGAAAGGAAUAUGGAGUGAGGAUCUUUUCCCAAAAGGCCCAUUUCUGUUAAAGUAUUCUUUGUUCAUAUUCACUGGAAAGUGUUGGAAUUUGGAAGGAUAUAAUUGCAAUAAAUUAAAUGCAUCAUG